UACUAAAAUUAUCUGUUGUUAAUUAUGAAAAAUAACUUUAAAUAAAAAGAAAAUAAAAAUUGAAUUAUGCUACUAGCAAAAUAGGUUCACAAGGGAAUAUCUUCACCUCUAAACGUCUUCGUUGAUUUGAGUCUGUAGUUCUAAAAAAAAACAAGCUGGAUAGUUGCAUUUUGAUGAUUUUCCAUGUGCACUAUAUCCUAUUCCUAUACAUCAAAUAUCAAAUGUUUUUUUUUUGAAUUGAUGAAAAGUUUUGAUUUUUAUAUGGUUCUAUGGAAUUCCGGUCGGCAUUUUUAUAAUCUUUUUACUGUUAAAAGUCCUAUAGAAAUCGAACAAAUUGUCAAAAAUCGUGUGACGAAAUUCAUAUUUUUUUUCUUUUAAUAUUUAGUUAAAUCGACCUGUGUAAUCAAUUGUAUAUCACGAACUGGUAUAUAAUAUUUUUUUAAAGAACUAUUCAGAAUAGAAAUAAUAUCUUUUUUUCUGAUUUAACUGGUAACAUAACCAGGAAGUCGUGGGUGGUAGGGUAGUGUUGUAUUUUCAAAUUUUCUUCUUGAUAGUAAUAGUUAGCAAGAAUCUGAAAAAAAUAUAUAUGUGUAACUGAAAGAAUUCUCUAUCAGGAUUGGUAUGCCCGAAGACUCCAACAAAACUGCUUGGAUGAAGGCCUUUGAAAAAUAAAGAUCUCUCAAAAUCAGCUUUUUGGGUUCCAUUCGAAUCUUUUGGGAAUAGAUUUUAUUUGAUAGAGUAAAAUGAGACAUCUGCGAUCUCUCCAUAACAUUCCUUCAUUGAACUACAUUUAAUUUAUAGAAGACUCCAAUGCUUCAAACAUGACAAAAACAUCGAAAUUUCCAAUAAAAAGAAGAGAAAAAUGCUUGUUGAACCUUCUGUAAAUUGAAUGCAAUUCGAUAAAAGAAGGUUAUGAAGAUAUCGAAGACAUCUCAUCUUGCUCUAUUAAGUAAAGUCUUUUCUCUAAAUGUUUCAUUAUCUUUGAUUAUGUUGUUUUUCUUUGAUUACUUUUAAGAUACUAUUUGUAUUUGAUGCGCAGAGUUCUAUAUCUUCAUACCAGCUAUCAUUUUGAUUUGAGUCAUUCGUUAUGAAAAUAAUUUUUUUUUUAAAUUUGCCUUCGAUCAUUUCAAUUCCUAUGCUUAUCCUUUAAUUUGAUUGAAUAUUGAUCAAUUUUAUUUACUGAUUGCUUAAAUGAUAGUCAUUCGGAAAUCAGCGAUCAUGAUUUGAAAAUUUACAAUUUCUAAAUCUAAAAAAGAAAUUUUUUCUUUUCAAUAGAUGACCUUCCAUGGUGGUUUUAAAGAACAAAUUUUAUUUGAACAAUGGGAUACACAAACAAUGACUGCGUUUAUUGGAUCUUGGCUUCUCAUUUUUUUCGUUGCUAUACUCUAUGAAAUAUUAAAAACUGUUCGAGAUCAAUCAUCAAAACGUGACGGAUGUCAAUGUGGUCAACAACGUGAAGGUCAACCAUCACUUUUACGACAUCAAGGUCAACAAUAUGAAAAUUCUAAUAAUAAUGAUUUAAUACCAAGAGUUCAAACAGGAAAAGUCCGUACUAAUAAACGAGCUCGUUUAUUGAGUCUUCGGCAUUUUAUUCAAACAAUUUUACAUAUUCUUCAAAUGGGUAUUUGCUAUUUAUUAAUGCUAAUAGCUAUGACAUUUAAUAUUUAUCUAUUUUUGGCUAUUAUACUCGGCGCUGGUGUAGGUCAUUUCUUAUUUGCUUGGCGUCGUUCAUCUGUUAUUGAUUAUAAUGAGCAUUGCCAUUGA